CAGUAGUAAAAUAGGAGGGGACGCCGCACCACCACCGAAAGCUCGCACUCCUCCUAACCGGAGCUCGCCACUACCCUCCCAUCCCAUGGCGAUGGCGUCGCCGCCGCCGGUCGAAGUCGACCUGGGAAAGCUCAGCUACGAGAUAUUCUCCCUCCUCGAGAGCAACUUCCUCUUUGGCGCCGCCGCCGGCGGAGGAGGAGGCGGAGGCGGAGGUGUUUGUUCGCUGCCGGGGACGCCGGGGAGGGCGGUUCUUGGUGCGGGAGGUGGCGGAGGGAGGGUGAGGGUGCUGACGAUCGAUGGGUGCGGGCGUGGACCUGGUGACGCUCUGCUGGCCGCGGCGGCGCUGGUGAGGCUGGAGACGGCGCUGCGGGAGAAGGCCGGGGAUGGAGACGUGAGGGUGGCGGACUUCUUUGACGCGGCGGCGGGCGCCGGGGCCGGGGGCGUGCUGGCGGCGAUGCUGUUCUUGAAGGGCCCCGAUGGGCGGCCGAGGUACACGGCGGCGGACGCGCUGGCGUUCGUGGCAGCGAGCCUCGGGAAGGGCGGGUGGUGCGGCGGGAGGCGGAGGUGGAUGGCCCUGUUCCGGCGCCCCGAGAGGUCGUCGCUCCGGCGGGUUUUCGGGGACGCGACGCUGCGGGAUACCGUUGCGCCGCUGCUGGUGCCCUGCUACGACCUCGCCACCGCGGCGCCGUUCCUCUUCUCCCGCGCCGACGCCGUCGAGAGCGACAGCUUCGACUUCCGCCUGCGCGACGUCUGCGCCGCCACCUGCGCCGGCGGGGCCACCGCCACGGCCGUCCGCUCCGUCGACGGACGCACGGCCAUCGCCGCCGCCUCGGGGGGCGUGGCGGCCAUGGGAAACCCCACCGCCGCCGCCAUCACCCACGUCCUCCACAACAAGCAGGAGUUCCCCCUCGCCGCCGGCGUCGACGACCUCCUCGUCUUCUCCAUCGGUUCCGGCUCCUCCUCCGGCGCUCCACCCUCCGUCGCCCCGUCCUCCGGCUGGCGAACGCCUCUCCCCUCGCGCUCGCCGUCUCCCGCCGAGAUGGUCCGCCUCACUGCCGAGGGCGUCGCCGACAUGGUAGACCAAGCGGUGGCCAUGGCUUUCGGACACACGUGUGGGCGCAACUACGUCCGCAUCCAGGCUGCGUCGCCGGCGUGCUCGACGAAGGCGCUGAGCUCGCUGGACGUGAAGAAGGCGGCGGCGAUCGCCGACGGGAUGCUGACGCAGCGCAACGUGGAGGCGGAGCUGUUCCGGGGGCGGCGGCUGUCGGAGAAGUCCAACCGGGAGAAGCUGGACGCGUUCGCGGCGGAGCUGGUGAAGGAGCAAGACCGGCGGCGGGCUUCGCCGGGGCUCCCCAACGUGGUCAUCAAGCAGGCCAGCUCCGCCACGCCGACGCGCCUCUCGUCGGCGACCACCGCCUCCUCCGUCACCGGCACCACCGCCACCGCCAGGACCGCCGUCUCCAGCAUGCCGUCGCCGGCGGCGUCGCUGGACUCCGACCGCCACUAGCAACGGAGAUCGUUCGAUCGCACGUGUAGAAUUUUUUUUGUACAUGCCAUCCAUGGACAGACCGAUCGAGGAGAUGGUUAUUUAUUUAUUUAUUUUUCUUUUUUUCCUCGUCCGAUGAGUCACUGACAUGCCGGGUCAGCUGCAAAUGAGGUGAAACCAAUUAAGUUAUAUAAAUAUUUAUGUAACUUAUAUCCA